GAGAAUCCAUCGCCAGGACGACGUCAGAGACGACGUCAACCUCGAAGCCAGUUAGUAGGCAUUGGUAUGUAUUAUUUGGAGCCAAAUCAAAUGAAACUGAAAUUGAUAUGCUGGCUACGUGAGAAUGUGGGUGGUGGGUGGUUGGAGGGUGGGAGGUUGAUGAUCAAGUGGCUCCCAUAAAUCCAUAAAGGCUGGAGUGUUUGCGUAUUGUGGACUUUGUAGCGAUAAGGCUUUCUGGGCCGCCUUGCAGAUAUUGCAAAUCAGUUUUAGCCAGGGGGGUCAGUCUUUUGGCAAGCUUGUUGCACAAUGGGUGCGAGUCCUCUGGUUACUUUCCUUGUUUUACUCCUGAUUGGUUUUGCGGCCUAUGCGGCCCUCCAGUUUGCCGUCGUUUGGAUUUUGCGAUUCUUCUGCUCCCCCAGACGCCGGAGCUCUGCCAGUGAGCGUUACCGUCAAGGUAAUGUGUUCACCGUGCCGGAGGAACGUUCCCACAACCGCUAUGGCGACAUAUUCUUCAUCGAGCCCGGCAGCGAGGAGGCGAACCGCAUUCGCGAGCAGCUGGAAAAGGAUGAAAAAGAGCUGCCCAGUUAUGAUGAGGUGAUGCGCAUGUGCAACCUGACCACGCCCACAUCAGCGGCGGCGCCACUGCCGCAGUCAGCGCUCCCCGAGCCUCUCGGGCCCAUUGGAAUCCCAGCGCUUCCAGCUCCUCCGUACUCGGAAACAGAUCCCCACUUGGAUGCCAGUGGAGCUACAGUUAUCGCCAUGGAACCGGUACAGCCGUCUACAUCCCGUGCCGCACAGAUCCUGCCAACGGCGGCGCCGCCUGCAACUCCAUCCCCAGCUACACAGACAACAGUUUGAGGACAAAUCCUGGAACUGGAACUGAAACCAGGUGCCACUCUGGGCCAUACAAAUCUCCGUUUGUAUGCGCUUAAAAUACAGAAAUGAACAUGUGUGAUCUUAUUGAGUACAUAUUUAGUUAAGCCUUAGAGUUUAGUUGUGAGCUAUUGUAAAUAAAUAUUUAUAAAAUAUAGGAUGGAAA